GGGGAGUCGGGAAGGUCCCCGUCAUGGAGCAGUCCCGAGUAGGGUUAGUUAGGAUCGUUCCUUGCUCGGCACGGUGACCCUUAGGCCGCCGGGGAAGCCUCUGGGACUUACCCCUGUGUAGACUUGACUAAGAGGUAGAGAACGUGCCGACUAUAGGUAGGGAAGCCCACGGGCCGCUCCCUGUAAGAAAGUUGCCUCAUGGGGUUGCAUUCCUGGAGAGAACUAGUGGCCUCCCUCAUAACCCAGUAGUACUAAGCUGUGCCCAAAAUGGGGCCCUUCACGUGGCUAUUGCUGUCCAGCUAGGUCAGGGUUUUUUAUUUCCUUCCAGACUUUAUUCAGGACAAUUUGAGACCGUACACUCUAAUUGAAUACCACAGGGGUCAGCAUUCAGUGUGAACCUGCCUGUUUCUUUCUUAAAUUCCAGCCUGCGGGAGACGGGUACUCUAAAAUAAGAAACUGUGUAAUAAAGGCUUUUUAUGAGCAUUCCCAUCUUCUUAACUACAAAGGCAACCUCCGUUUUACUCAUCCUGUUAGUUGGUAUAUUUUCAUAUGCUUGAAUCAUUAGAAAUUGGUCUCACAGGAAUAUUGCUGUCUGUUAUUGAGAAUAUUGUAGAUCUGUAAGAGGAGAUGCCUAUUGAGGGAGCAUAAUACUGUAUGUUAAAGAAUUAGCAAAUACAAUAUGUAUACUAUGACUCAACCUGAGAAAAAUCCCUUUAUAAAAGGAAAUUGAUUUUUCUCUUGCACUUGAAUUUAAACAUGGUAUAGCUGUCAAUUUUGUAGUGUGUCUUCAUCCCCUUCCCACAGCAAAAGCAAGGUUUGCCCAUUAGGUUUGUCUUUAAUGCUCUUAAACACAUGGUUUAAAUACCAUGUGCCUUUGUUCACAUUUGCCUGAACUGCAAGAGAGAAUAAGAAUAAUGUCUGAUUUAUACUUGGUGGAGGUGAUAUAAAUCUUUGCUUGAAAGGUUGGUUUUAAAUAUAAACAGGCAAACAGAUCCUUGAAGAUGGAUGAACCAUGUUACCCAAAGCUCUACCAAGAAGAAAGCCUCUGUUGUUUCCCUUAUUUUUAAAGUUCCACACCACUCCCCAAGUUACAAUGGGAGAGGAAUAGUAUAUGUUUCCAGGACAGUUGUGCAUUGUCUCCAAUUCCAGAGGUGGGAACAGGGGCAGGGCUAUGGGUCCUGGGCAUUCCUACAGUCUCCUAUGGCUCACAGACUGCCACCGUUCCAGCAUCAGAGAAGUCAAGAUCAUAAAGUGUCAAUUAUUACUAGAAAAGGACUUGGAGGUCAGAGGUCUCUCCAGUAUUGGAGAAGAGGGCCAGAACAUUUUACGGCCUUUGGAAUGUCCUUUAGGAUUGUGGGUAUGGCCUCAGUAAUAAUAUAGGGUUUCCAGUUGAAGAUUGGAUAAUAGCAUUUGAACACUAUGGAGCAGUAUACAGCAAACAGCAACAGCUCAACGGAACAGAUAGUUGUGCAAGCUGGACAAAUUCAGCAACAGCAGCAGGGCGGUGUCACUGCUGUCCAGUUGCAGACUGAGGCUCAGGUGGCAUCUGCCUCAGGCCAGCAAGUCCAGACCCUCCAGGUAGUCCAGGGUCAGCCUCUGAUGGUCCAAGUGAGUGGAGGCCAGCUUAUCACAUCAACAGGCCAGCCAAUUAUGGUACAGGCUGUACCUGGGAGUCAAGGUCAAACCAUUAUGCAAGUCCCAGUUUCAGGAUCACAAGGGCUUCAGCAGAUUCAGUUGGUCCAGCCAGGUCAGAUUCAGAUUCAGGGUGGUCAAGCUGUACAAGUCCAAGGUCAGCAGGGGCAGACACAACAAAUCAUCAUCCAGCAACCCCAGACUGCAGUUACUGCUGGCCAAACACAGACCCAGCCACAAAUUGCAGUUCAGGGGCAGCAAGUAGCCCAGACUGCAGAGGGCCAGACCAUUGUCUAUCAACCAGUGAAUGCUGAUGGAACAAUUCUUCAACAAGUUACAGUCCCUGUUACAGGCAUGAUCACCAUCCCAGCAGCCAGCUUGGCUGGAGCACAGAUAGUUCAGACUGGCGCCAACACCAACACAACCAGCAGUGGACAAGGAACUGUAACGGUGACGCUGCCUGUUGCUGGAAAUGUGGUUAAUUCUGGUGGGAUGGUCAUGAUGGUCCCUGGUGCUGGAUCAGUGCCAGCUAUCCAAAGGAUACCUUUGCCUGGAGCUGAGAUGCUUGAAGAGGAACCCUUAUAUGUGAAUGCUAAACAGUACCAUCGGAUUCUGAAGAGGAGACAAGCAAGAGCCAAGCUGGAAGCAGAAGGAAAGAUUCCUAAAGAGAGGAGGAAAUAUCUACAUGAGUCCCGACACCGACAUGCCAUGGCAAGAAAGCGAGGAGAAGGUGGACGUUUUUUUUCACCAAAAGAAAAAGAUAUGCAGGAUCCUAGCCAGGCAAACGAAGAAGCAAUGACACAGAUGAUAUUAGUAUCCUAACAGCCAACUAAAGAGCAAAGCACCUGGACAGAUACUUUGCCAUAUGUUCAGCCUGUUCUCUUUUUUAGAACAAAUACUACACUCUCAGUGAGUAAUUCAUUCUGUGAUUUUAACUGCAAUGCUCUCAGUAAACAGAAACAACUGUGGAUUUUUGUUAUUUUCCUACCUAAGCCAGACUAAGGAGCUGAAAAGUCUGGCUCAGAAGACUUUGAACAUCCUGGACAGUAAUUGUGGCUCAGCUUGAAAAUGGCCAUUGCUUCAGCAAUAACUGACAUGUUGUUUUGGAAGCUAUGACUCUUGAACCACCCAGGAAUGCAGACAUUUGGAGCAGUCAGGACUGACAUGGUUUUGUUUUCUCAGUGUAGCUUUUUUGGUUUCAAAUGUACCACACAGCUUCAGUUUUCAUAUUUUUGACAGCACAAUUAUCCACUGCAGAAGCACCUAAAAUUCUACAAGAUGCUGCACUUCCUUCUGAAAGACUGGCUUGUUUGGAAAAAAUCUUGUACUCUCUCCAGAGUUUUGGGAAAGCUGUAAGACACGAAGUGAUGCAUGCAUGCGCUGUAGAAUAGCAAGGAGAUUUCAUAAUGGCACAGAAUAUGGCCAUUGAUGGGGAGAAUGGGCUGGUGUUGAGACUCGCAAUGUAUGUAGCAGCUGAAAUGUUGCUUCGUUCUGUAAAGUUUGCUGAUUUCCUCUUCAUGCAAGAUCAUAGAUUCAGGAUGUGAUUAUUCCCAAAUAUACACACAUUUCCUAUCCUUGGCAUUGUUUCUCCAAGAUCUGAGGAUUAGAUGCAGUGCUGUGAGUGUUAGUCCAGUUGUAACACUCACAUAAUUGCCUUAACCAGACGGUAAAUUGUUAUAUUCUGCUGUGACUCAGACAACUUUGUACAUGAAAAUUAACAUGUGGACAACUUUGUACAUGAAAAUUAACACGUGGAGAGUCCUUUAAGCCUUUAUGUGUAGUGAUCUUUGUGAAUCUAUCACUUAACAGUUCUGUGACUGUCAUUGUGAAGCCCUGCCCCCCCACCCUUUGUCUCCAGUUUUGUUUGCUUGAUGAAAAAGGUAGAACAAAGCAUUAUUUUUGCAGCCUAGCUCAGUAGUUCAGAAUUGGAAGUUAGACCUGAGAUGUUUUAUGGCAAGUAUCACUUUGCUGCUUUUCUACCUGUGCAUUACUCAUAAAAGUAAUUAUAUGAGUUUCAGUUUUCAUUUUAUUCCACACUUCAUUUAGUAAGCAGGAGAGUGGAAGGAUUACCGCAUGCCCAUCAUUUGACAAUGUUGAAAACCAUAACAGAGGGGAGAGGUGCAUAGAGAGGAAGGUGCCUGAAUAUUGACCAUUGAAUUUUGAAAAGGGGUUUUGUAGCUUCAGAACAGGAACCAUUGUUGUGUGAUAGUUGUUUCCGAUGGAAGAAGCAGAAAUAAUUCCUCCCUUGAUCUUGCCAUGGCUUGGGGAAAGCCUUCUGUUUCCUUAUUUAAAUCAGUUCAAAAAGCAGGGCUUGUAAGAGAAAAUUAAUGGUAUAAAUCAAAAAGUUCAGCUGAUGUACAACAGUCUUGGAAGGCAUUUGAUGAAAAUGACCGUGUGUGAAAUUCAGAGGUGCAGUGUUUUAAGAGUUCUAGUCCUCAGCAUUGAGCCAUUGGAAGGAAAAAUAUACUGUAUAUCAUUUUGUAGCAGCUACACAUUAUCUUUAAGCCUAUAUACAAAUGGUCUGUACUUUGUAUGUUGGUUUUUUAAAAAAAGAAAGCAAUAGCCUUUCUGUUCACUCAUCUGCAUCUUCAGAAUCCUGGAUUCCUUUGAUAAUCUCCAUUGCAUUUUUCAACUGGGUGUUUCUGAGGCUGAAAUCCUCUUGCGCUAUUGCAAUGGUGUAUUUUUUAGAGGUGAAUUACCAUACUUUAAGAAAUCUGCAUAGGCACUGUCUCCUGCAUGCAGAGCUGCACAACUCAAUAUGCAGCAGAUAACACCUACAGUGAUUACCUGACUUAUGACAGUUGGUGUCCCAAAGUUGCACCUUUUGCAUAACAGUGCAACAGGAUUUCAACCAGUGUCUUCUCUUAUUUCUGCUCACUGAUCUUCAUGAUAAGUAUUUAACCUAGGGUUUACAUGAUGGCAUUAGGACAAGAACAGUGACUUGUGGAGAGGAGUAUAGUUUUUCAGCAUUGUUGUAAAUAUCAAAAGCAUUGGUACAGUCAGAAUAGCAGUAGGCAUGAUGAGGGGGAAAUGCUGUAUAGUUUGAAUUAAAGUUUGUGUGUGUGAGUUUAGCCUUUCAGUUUUCAGUUUUAGCACUGCAAACUGGAUGCUGAGGGGAUCAAGUUCUCUUAAUUCUUUGUGCUUGUAAAACCAUAAGACAUUUGCAAUUUAAAGAGAUCUAGCCAUUAUUUCCUUUUCCCAUAUUAAAAUAUAUAUAUCUUUGUGAUAUCUAUAUGUAGAAGAUACAGACAUCUAUUUAAUUUUUGGUCUUUAGAGAAUUCCUGUAGUUAGUUUUUUCUGUAAUGGUGUAAAAUGGCCUGAUAGGAUAUAAUAUGCCAGUGGCUUAGACUUCAUGUGUGUGCGUCAAAAUUACUUCAAAAUAUUUGUUAAUAUUGAGAGUCUCAAACUGCAACAUGUUGUGAAGUAUUCUGCUCCCAAAUAAAAAAUAAAGCAGAAUAGGAAAUACACACUCUUCAUUGGAAAGGAAAAGAAUAUUUUUAACUGAGGAUAGAUCUAGGGAUAGGUAUGAGGAUAAGGCUACAGUGGAUUUGAGAAGAGUGUAAAUUUUUCUAUUGAUCUAAAAAGCACUAGAACACUGAGUUCAUUUAAAGCAGUUUGAUACUUAAGGGUGGAGUAGCAACUUCUAAACGAUGCUACAUCUUUUCAAAUAUUCUGCAUGUAAAACCUCCUUGGGUUGUGAAGGAAGGGGAUAGGGGUGUUGAUAUUUGUGAAAUUGUAAGGCAAACUUUGUAUAUAGUUCAAAAGUUUAUAAUUUUUUAUGCUGCAUUUUGAAGUGUAUUUUGUCUUUAAUAGAUAACAGCUGUAAGUACUGUGUACACUAUCCAGCCAAUAAAAGGUUUCUAAAUAA